AGCUCUACCUGCCUACAGGGAUCCUUGAAACACAUUGCGCGGUGCAAUAUCUUUCAGGAGGGAAAGGCGAAAGGGAAAGAAAAGGGGAAAGAGCGAUUUCUGCAAUGUCGGAGGAAGUGUAGGCGUCAAAUAAUCCGUAGAUAACACAGCGCGAUAGAUCGUUACCGAUCGGUCGCCGAGGAGUCGAUGCUGGAUCUUCUGAGUCUCUGGAGUCUAAUAACGGUCGCGAACUACGGCAUGACGCAUACUUCAUACAACUCGGCUUUUAAAUGCGUGACAUGAGAUCUUUGGUUGAGCUGAUUGGUAUUUCCCAUGGUACCCAGGCGAUCUCGAUCAUCACAAUUGAAGUUCCACCCAGUCAGUGUGGCCAGCCUGGCGGUCAGUAGUCGGAGAAUCAGCCAGACGCCUGCAGCCGACGACCGUCUUAAAACCAGUAUUUCCUUGAGUGCCCUCCGCGUUCCUUCAGUUAUUCGAAAGACGUCCACCGCGUUACUUGGAAGUCCUGUCGUGACUGCCGGAGAGCUGCAUCGCACAAAAGCUAAUCCUGUUACACUGUUUCUUAUACUCAUUUCACUCUGUCUACACCAUGUCUCGCUCAAGCAAAAUGAUACCAACAAAGACCGCCGGUUCCUCUCCAGUCCACAUUUCGAGCAUGGCGUGGAACUUUAAGAUAUUCGGAGCGAUCCUCUUAUUCGUUGAAAUGGUGCUGGGGGUCGUCUCCUUAUGGAAAGCCGGGUAUGACCUGAACACCAACUUUCCGGAGGUGAUAGUCAUGAGCAGUAAGGAGAUCAUGGCACUGAUCAUGAGGAAUAUUAUGGCAAAAUCGGCUGGCUAUGACGAAGAGAAGGUGAAAUUGCUGGAGAAAGAUCGCAAACAUUCCCCAGUGGAUCAGAUCACUGGGCGCGUGUUCGUAGUUUCGGUGUCUGGAAUCUUCAUCCUUAUAUCUUUCGUUCUGUUCGCUUUGUCUCUCGCGUCCUUGAUCACGAGAUCGUUCAAACGAAGCGCACCUGUUUACGAGAUGAUAUGCCAUUUGAUAAGUUUCGGAGCGCACCUUUUGGCAGCCUUGGCCCUUAACAUGCAAAUCGGCAUCCAGGGAGAAACUUUUGUUAAUUCUGAAAUGAUGCGUAAAGUAGUGUGGAUCGUCAUAGCGAACUCAACGCUGAAUUUCGUCAGUGCCAUCGUAUCUCUGUUGUCUUGCAGGGAAUUCAUGAUUACCGAUAGAGAAACCACUGCCUGAACGGGAUUUCGUAUUUUCUAUGCCCAGUCGUCAUAAUCAAGAACUACGAAUACUAGUCACGAGCGAAGACCAAAGUCAAUUUCGUAGUAUAAAUGCGAAAGAAGAAAAGAAAAACGAAAAAACGCAACGGCAACUGUAAUCGAUAAUUUCGCUGAAUCUUAAUUUAAUCGACGCCAGUAUUAAUUCAGCAAUUAAUGCUGAAUCUUAUAACGGGCUUUAUUCGAUGCAUCAUCGAGCUGCUUCAAUAGCACAGUCUUAAGUCGAUAAUAUUGAAGGACAUUGUUAUUUUUCUACUUUUAUAUUAAGCCUUUACAGCAUCGUCCAGCUCGCCCAUGUUCUUUCAUUGUCGUUCUAUUUUCGUACGAGUAAGUAUGCAGCACGAGUAUGUUAAUGUUCAGACGAAUUUAGUUGGAAUAUAAAUGACGAAGAAUAUGUUUAA